CUCCUGUACACCCACAGAGGUGACAGGACCGGCCUGUGCUUUGCUUCCUCCAUGAAGUGACCUAGGUGAACCCGGCGUGGACGUUUUGGAACAAGGUUUCCCUCGGGCGCUGAGCAGGACGCAGAGAGGUUUGACUCCGCCGUCAGCAUGCUCAAACAGUCUCUGAGCAUCCUGAAGCAGCUCGGCUCUGCGGGGAGGUCACAAGAUGCCACUGAACUUCUCCAUGAGGACCUGGUCGCGGUGGAGCAGCGAGUGGAGCCGGCCAAGAGGGCAGCGCAGGUCGUGCACAAGAAGCUGCAGGGCUGUCUGCAGAGCCAGCCGGGCCUGGAGGCUGAAAGACGCAUGAAAAAACUCCCUCUGAUGCUGCUGUCCAUCAGCAUGGCCGAGAGCCUGAAGGACUUCGAUGCACAGUCUCCCAUCAGGAAGGUGCUGGAGAUGUGCUGCUUCAUGGAGAAGAUGCUGGCCAACAUGCUGGCAGACUUCGAGGUGAAAGUGGAGAAGGAGGUUUUAGAGCCGCUCAACAAGCUCAGCGAGGAUGAUUUACCAGAGAUUCUCCGGAACAAGAAGCAGUUUGCCAAACUCACCACAGACUGGCACAACGCCCGAAACAAGAGCCAGUCGAGCACCGGCCCCCAGGCGAAGCAGGACGGGCUCAGGGAGGAAGUGGAGGAGGCCUGGAGGAAGCUGGAGAGCAUCAAGGACCAGUACUCUGCUGAUCUGUAUCACUUCGCCACUAAAGAAGACGACUACGCUAACUUCUUCAUUCGUCUGCUGGAGCUGCAGGCAGAAUACCACAGAGAUUCACACGAGUUCCUGGACAAAAACAUCAUCGAGCUGAAGGAGAACCACAGCCAGAGAGAGCCGCUGGCCAGCCCCUCCAAGCAGAAGGUGUACGGCGAGCCUCUGCUGUCUCAUCUGUCUGGGAGCGACCGAGAGAUCGCCGCGCCCAUCCAGGAGUGUGUGCACAUGCUGCUGAGGACCGGCAUGAGGGAGGAGGGUCUGUUUCGUCUGGCGGCGGCGGCCUCGGUGGUGAAGAGGCUGAAGUCGUGUCUGGAUCGAGGAGCGGUGGAUCACAGCGAGUUCUGCAUGGACCCUCACGCUGUGGCCGGAGCUUUGAAGUGCUACCUUCGAGAGCUACCAGAGCCCCUCAUGACCUUUGAACUCUACACUGACUGGUUUAAAGCAGCUGGGGUGAAAGAUCUGUCGGAGAAACUGGAGCAGUUCAGAGUGCUGCUGAGGAAGCUGCCACCAGAAAACUACAACAAUCUCAGGUACCUGGUCCAGUUCCUGUCUCUCCUGUCUGAGCACCAAACGUUGAACAAGAUGACCCCCAGUAACAUUGCCAUCGUCCUGGGACCCAACCUGCUGUGGCCCCGCGCCGAGGGGGAGAUCGCUCUGCUCGACAUGGCCUCGGCCUCCUCGGUGCAGGUGGUGACGGUGAUUGAGCCUCUGAUUCAGUACAGCGGCAGCCUUUUCCCAGAAGACAUACCGUUUGAGAUUCCUGAGCUUCCCGAGAGCCCAGAUAUGACCCAGUCUGCUCAUGUGGUCCAACCUCUGGUCCCAGAGAAGGACAGGCUCAGUAGAACAACCUCCUCUUCCUCCACAGCCUCCUCCAGUUCCUCUUAUCACACCCCUCUCUCCAAAACUAACAGCACAACCUCUCAGGACAGCGGGAGCUACUGCCUCAUGAAAUCUGGCCCACUGACUCGGUGCGGGUCCACCACAUGGGGCGGCCCCGCCUCGGACACGGCUGCACCAACCCACCCUAUCCUAACGUCCACACACUCGUCCCCAGUCCAAGCUCCGUCCUGCAAUACGUCCGCCGUCUCCAACCCGGCGGUGACCCAGAACCCGUCCCCUCUCCCCAGAGCGGCGCCGGCUCCGAGCCCGGCUCAGCCCAGGGGUCAGAACCAGAGGCCGGGUUCAGAUUCUGCCCAGCUGGAGCCGAUUUUGGAGGCUCCGCCAGACUCUCCCAAAGCUUUGGUCAAGAUCACCACACCGUACAAACCAAAGAGAUCCUUCAACAUGAACAAACUGGUGAACCAAUCGAACGAGCCGCCGGUGAUCCAGUUCUCCAAACCCAGACCCCCGGCCCCUGCAGCACCCACCUCCGCCCAGCCCAGCGACACCAGAGCCAGGCCGGAGCCCAUGCCGAGGGCCCAUGCUCCUGCCCAGCCUCCUGCUCCGUCUCCUGCUCUGCCUCCUGCUCAGCCUCCUACCCAAAAGAAACCUCCGGUCAAAAGGCCUGGAGUCAAAGCUCCAACCUGCCCUCCGCCACUUCCUCCACCGUCUCAGCCCAAACAGGUUCCCUCUGUAGCACAGUGAGAGACGCCGUGACACACACACGCCCUCAGACGUGCUCAUUUUCUUCUGAUGCGGUGAUUUACAGUCUGGAUGGUGAUGUUAUGCUCUGAGGAAAUAUUCACCUUUCGUUACUCUAAAGGCUCAUUCAUGCUCCCUUUACAUAUGAAAUUAAAUACUCCUCUUGGUGUAACCUACGCUGCCCAUAUGCUUCCAUGCGUCCUUGCUGUUGGCAUGGAGUCAAGUUUCUGACGACAACAAGCACGGCGACGGUGGGGGAAGUGGUCAUAAUGGACCCGAUCAUCUGUGAGGUCAUUAAACACAUCACGACAGGAGGACGGACAAUUAUUUUCUGUAAUAUUAUACAUUUUUAAAAAUUUCUCCUUCAUGUCUUACUCAUAGAUUGGUCGUGCUUGAACGACUGCCCCCAUGAUUCCUGGUGGUGCUGCUCCGUUUCGUCCGUAUUUGUUAGCUUUUUGAAAACAAGCACAAAUACGGAGGAAAUGAGCGCAGAGCACGGACAGAAGGCCACGCCCAUAUCUGUUUCCACAUUUAACAUUGAGCAUAAAUGAGCCUUAACACUGUUAGACGUCAUCAACCUGUGAUGUUCAGUGCGUUCCCGGAGGUACUUUGUGAUAGUAUUAUUAUUUACUCUACUUCAACAUAGAUCAGUUAAUGAUUUCCUACAUUUCCCAGAAUGCCAUUCAACAACCCCCCAGCGACGGUGCCUGAACUUGUUCCAUUUCAGCUGCAACAUGUUCAAAACGGCACCAGACCAAGUCCUGGUGU